GUCGCGCCGGUCGCGGAGCAGCGGCGGGCAAAAGCGAUUAGGGGGCGGCAAGAAGAGACAUCGUAGCCAAGUCGAACAGCAGUAGCGUUAAGGCAGUCUGAGAGAAUGGCUCGCGGCGCAGCACGUUGCAGCGCCCUGCUGGGCCCGCUGGCCCUCGUGCUGGUCCUAAUCGCGCCCUUCACCGCGGCCCUGACCAAAAACGACUUGUACCAGUACACGGGACCGGGUGCGUCCGUCCUCGAGACCGACCAGAACGGGAUGCUGACAUCCGCCGAAGCGAUCCUAAAAACACCCAUCGUCUUCUAUGACAAGAUCUACAACUCGAUAUUCGUAAAUGGAAAUGGCGUUCUCUCAUUCGCCAGGGCUAUGCAAAGGUUCUUUAACAUCGCGUUCCCUCUUGACGAUCCCGUCAUCUCGCCUCUUUAUACGCACGUCGAUACGAGGGGCUCAGGAACGGUUUAUUGGAGCGAAACCGAUUCACCCGAGAUUCUCGCUAGAACCGGAGGAUUGGUUCGAAGCGCCUUCAAGGAUGCCAUCGACUUCGUACCUACACACGUCUUCCUGGCUACCUGGGUGGAUGUUGGUUAUUAUAACGAGCGAAACGAUAAGGUGAAUACUUAUCAAGUCGCUAUAUCAUCCAACGGUACGCAUUCCUUUGUCGAGCUGCUGUACCCGGAAAAUGGUAUACAGUGGAUUCAGGGUGAAUCGCAUCCCAGCGGACUCCCAGAUGCCAAGGCGCAGGCAGGAUUCAUGAGCGAGGGCAAAAUGUAUACCCUGAGGGGCUCGGGCACGGACCAAAUUCAGAAUGUCGACAAGUGGUCGAAUGUAAAUAGGCCUGGCCAGUGGCUGUUUCAAGUCGGCCCCGUCGAUGAAGGCGAAAACGUAAAGACUGCCGAUAAUAUCAAUGACACCAUGACUGUGCAUCAAGCGGUCAGCUGCAGGACCGGCGCCACCACUUGUCACAGCAAAGCAACUUGCACCGAUUACGAGAUCGGAUUCUGCUGCAACUGCAAGCAGGGCUAUUUCGGCAAUGGGAAAUCCUGCCAGCCAAACGAUGUUCCCCUUCGUGUUAUUGGCCGAAUUUCCGGCACACUUAACGGCGUCGAAUUUCCUUCGAGAGACCUUCAGUGUUAUGUACAGACCAGAGAUGGUCGAACAUACACAGCCUUAUCAAGAGUGCCCCAAGAAAUCGGCGCCAGUUUCCAACUUUUGGGCAAUUUGGGCAGCGUAAUCGGCUGGCUGUUCGCGAAACCUGUUAGCGAUACCGAAAACGGAUAUGAGCUUUCGGGAGGCUUAUUCAAUCACACGGCGGAACUGUCCUUCCCAUCGACCGGCGACAAAGUGACAAUACAUAGCAAUUAUCUCGGAUUGGAUGUCUUCGGUCAGCUAAAGAUGGAAGCGGAUAUCAAAGGUACAGUGCCACACCUUGAAAGGGACACCAAGGUGGACUAUGGUGAUUACGAUGAGCUCUACACUCGCGCCCAGCCAGGAAUGCUCCGUUCCCAGAGCGAGCGCACCUGCAAACUCCUGCGAAACGGCGGCGACGAGCGAGAGAUCACCUUUACGUUGGAUCAGAUAAUUAGUUAUCAGGAGUGCCCGUACGCAAUCUUUGAUCCCGAUGACGACACGACCAGGCUAAAGUUUUUCAGGGGUGUCACGGCCUACGAGGCUACCGAGGGCAUCAUUCGGUUUGCCGUCAACACCAAGAUAACGCCCCUCGAGGAGGAGGAUCCCUGUAUCCAAGGACGACAGACUUGCAGUGAUCAUAGCUCCUGCGUGGUCGACGGGGAUAGCUUCAGAUGCGUGUGCAACGCAGGGUAUCAGUAUCUGUACGAAGAGGACGGCAGCGCGAUAUGCGUGGACGUGAAUGAAUGCACGGCUGGUAACCACAUGUGUUCUCCGGACGCUCAAUGCAUUAAUCAAGAAGGCGGUCAUACGUGUCAAUGCAGACCUGGCUUUACGGGUGACGGCCGAGUUUGUGAAAGAUUGCCGUCUUGCGAGGACACUCGCUGCGGAGAUUACGAGCAGUGUGCAAUGAUUGGAGGAGCACCCAGGUGUAUUUGCUUGCCUGGCUUCGAGGAUACAGAGCAGGGCUGUUACCCCGCUCAGCAUGUAUCCUGCAACGAAGAGGAUAACUGUUCGCCGUACGGACUGUGCAGUUUCGACGGUAACAGAAAGAAGCACGUGUGUACUUGUAUGCCCGGUUACGUCGGCGAUGGGUACACGUGUUAUUCUGAGUCCGAUGCCACCACAACAGACGGACCACCGCAACCACAGUGCCUGAUUGGAGUGUGUUGGUGUCCCGGUGGUUGGGAAUAUCGUAAUCACGUCUGCGUGAAGCAAGAGGGAGAAUACACGACAGUUGACUAUAAUCGAGACUUAUCGGCACGUCCACUCCCGGGAUGCUUCGACGACGUCUGCAUAUGUCCUUUGGGAUACGAUUACGACCAUUUGGAACGAAUUUGCGUUUCGCUGCCAGGAUACCACCACGAUACGAUGGGUCCAUCAGGAUCUAACUUAUCUUGCAACGUGGUGAACAGGUGUCAUCCCUACGCCCAGUGCAUCUACGUAUCGAGUACCAGCUAUUACGAAUGCCACUGUAAUCCGGGAUACGAGGGCGACGGUAUGGAAUGCACCAAAACAGAGGUAUCCUGCUUGGAAGUGGACAUCUGCGAUCCCAACGCAUCCUGCCAGCAUGAGGAACCGCUGGCAAAGUGCGUGUGCAAUCCAGGCUAUGAAGGAGACGGAACGACAUGCAGUCCUAUUGAUGAAUGUAACGACAACUCCGACUGCGAGGAGAACGAACGGUGCACCUAUCACCCCAUGAGUUCACGCUACGAGUGCACGUGCAAUCCCGGAUUCAGCAUAGUCGACGAUCGAUGUGUGCUGUCCGAUUGCUCGACGAACCCUUCUCAAUGCCACACGAACGCGCAAUGCGUGUCGACCGGUGGCGACGGUGGCUACAAAUGCGUCUGCAUAAGCGGCUAUCACGGCGACGGUAUACAUCAGUGUGUGGAGGAUCACAUCGGCUGUAAUGUUUUGAAUAACUGCGGCCGAAAUGCAGUCUGCGGAUACAAUCAGACGUCCGCGAAUUUCGCGUGUAUUUGCCAGCCGGGUUACUACGGCGACGGCUUCACGUGCCUUCCGCAUUCCUCGUGCAGACACGAUCCGCGUCUCUGCUCUUCGGACGCGACGUGCGUGUCGGCCGGUGAAAAUCAAUUUGCCUGUGUCUGCAACGAGGGUUACACCGGCGACGGUGUGAAUUGUGAGUCCCGACGGAAGCACGACUCCAACUUUUUACUGGUAAACCAAGGAAUGGCCACGCAUCGAAUACCGUUCAUACCUACGCACCAGAAUCCAGGAUAUCCGAUCAACAUAGCUUACUCGCAAAUGGCGAUUGCCCUAGAUAUCGAUUGCCUCGCUGGCAAAGCUUACUCCAGUGAUAUUACUGGCAACAGGAUAGUCGAGCUAUCUUAUAACGGCUCGAAGGCAGAGACAUUCAUUCCGAAAGUUAGCAGUCCUGAGGGACUGUCGGUCGAUUGGGUCUCAAGGAACAUAUUCUGGACCGAUUCAGGCAAGACGACCGUCGAGGUUGCCAGCCUUGUGACAAAGAAACGCAAAGUCCUCGUUUCCGAUGGACUGGUCAAUCCAAGGGGAAUAGCUGUUCAUCCAUAUCGGGGGAAAAUAUUUUGGUCCGACUGGAAUCGCGCCUCUCCUAAACUGGAGUGGGCUAAUGAAGACGGUACAGAUCGAGCAAUCUUCCUUCAGGGUGAUUUCGUUAAGCUGCCAAAUUCAUUAAGUAUCGAUUGGUCGACGGAUGAGCUCUGCUGGGCUGACGCCGGGACGUUCACGAUAAGCUGCGUUGAAAUAGACAGUAAAAAAGUCCACGUCGUCGCUAAUGAGCUUACUUAUCCGUUUGGUUUGGCAAUUUCUCAAUAUCAUUACUAUUGGACCGAUUGGAAAACACAUAAGAUCGAAGUCGGCAUGAAAACUAAUGGCGAAAGACGCUCACCAUUGUCUGUUCCGCCUGGUGGAAGUGGAAAAUUGUACGGCAUUGUGGCUAUUCCCGAGUCAUGCCCAGGGAUAAGCAACGUAUGUCAGUACGAGAAUGGAAGAUGCAACAAAGAUCAGCUCUGUCUACCAGACGGCCAUGGAGGCAGGACGUGUGCGUGCGCGGACGACGCGACAGGAUCUUGCACCGAUUCCCGUUAUCCAUCUUAGAUUCACCUUUAAUCUCGCACGAAAAAAAAAAAAAAAAUAACGCGAAGUCCUGUCUCGCAUUGCGAUAGAAGAUAAGAAAGUUUCGCACUGGCGCUCACUGUUGAGCUAAAAUCAUACAAGUAACCACUAGAACAACUUUAAAUUAUAACAUUAUUCUUAAUAUUAAUUAGCUGUCAUCAACAUUUUCAAAUAACAUUUACUUUUAUAUCAAUCAAUCGCAACGCGCGAAACAAGCUGUACUGCGACCUGGCUUUAUUUAAUAAAAGUAAAGGAAACAGCGA